UUACGAACCUAAAGUCUUAGAUUAUGUAACUCAACAAAACAAACUAUUCCCUCAUAUCGCUGGCGCUUAUGCUCUUGCAUGCACUGGUCGUUACAUGAUAGAUUUCGGUAAAAGAGCUACUGAACGGAUAAAACUGGAAGAUCUAAGUGUCCUAGCCGAGUUCCAUGGAAUUAGUUCUGGUUUAAAAGCCUUUUGUACAGAGAUGAGUGUAUCUGGUAUUGAGGAGUGUAGACGAGCUUGCGGCGGGCAUGGUUAUUCAUCGGCCUGCGGUAUAGGUCAUAUUUAUAAUAAUUGGUUAGCGUCUUGCACAUACGAAGGCGAAAACACUGUUAUGUACCUUCAGUCAGCUAGAUAUUUACUUCGUUGUGUCAAGAAUCCAAAGUCUGCACCUUUAGGUGUAUCAGCAGUCUUACAUAAUCCACCAGGUAAACACUGGGAUGUUAAGAAUAUGCAAGAUCUAGAGAAGACGAAUACAGUACUAGAAGCUUAUAGAGCUAGAGCAUAUAAAAAAGUAGCUAUUGCUGAUAAAUACCUUCGCGAAUUACAAUCUGGUGGCGAUACUAGUUACGAUGCUUGGAAUAAAUCCGGAAUUAAAUUAGUGGAUUGCGCAAAGAGAUUAGAAAUUGUUUCCCAUGAGCAACUUUGUCUGGAUAUAAAUUACGAAGUUACGCUCCAGCAAGAAGCAUUCACGAUGUGGAGUGAAGUUUUAUUAUACACCUCUAUUAAAUUUAAAUUGAAUUUGCUUUAG